AUGAAAAACGCUCUUCAAGAAUCCGACCCAUCUCCGAAGAAAAAGAAGAAGGUGGUGGCUAAAAAAGCUCAAAAUGGUGAUGGACCGGCUAAGAAGAAGGUGAAAAAGACGAAGAAAGUGCAGGAGGAGGAGCCUGUCGAAGAGGUCGAGAAACUUCAACUGAUUGACGAUGAUGACGAGGAGGAGGGGCUUGAUGCGCUGAAUUUCACUCAGCAUGAUGGAAGUGACGACGAUUUGAGAGAUGACUACUCAGAUGAUGAAGACGACGAUGAUCUACCAAUCGAGAAGAAGUCGGCGGCUCUCGAUAAGAAAAAGGAGAGAAUUCUGGCUGAAGGAGAAGAAGAAUUGCAGUUGAAUAUUGCAAAUCAAGCGACAUUCGAAUUGCCAUCAGUCGAAGAGAUCGAGAAUGAGAUGAAGUCGGUUCCGAAUCUGGAAAUUAUCAAACAACGCAUUGCCGACGUCAUUCAAGUUCUCGGAGACUUCAAAAAUCGUCGUGAUCCGGCGAAAUCACGUACUCAAUAUGUUGAGGUGUUGAAGAAGGAUUUGUGCUCUCAAUACGGUUAUAAUGACUAUUUGAUGGGAAAAUUCAUGGAUUUGUUCCCGAAUGGAGCAGAGUUGUUGGAGUUUUUGGAGGCUAACGACAAUCCGAGACCGGUCACGAUUCGUGCCAAUUCGUUGAAGGUUAAACGCCGCGAUCUCGCCAGAAACCUCAUCAACCGUGGAAUGAACGUAGACCCGGCGGCGGAUUGGACGAAAGUUGGACUCGUCGUCUACGAUUCUCAAGUUCCAGUCGGAGCGACACCCGAAUAUCUCGCCGGACACUAUAUGAUUCAAGGACUCAACUCAUUGCUCCCAGUCAUGGCACUGGCUCCACAACCCGGAGAUCGUGUGCUGGAUAUGUGCUCGGCGCCAGGAGGAAAGACGUCGCAUAUCGCUGCGUUGAUGAAGAAUAGUGGAACACUGUUCGCCAAUGAUGCCAGUUUCGAUCGUUGUCGUGCCAUCAUCGGAAACCUUCAUCGUCUCGGUGUGAACAACGCGGUCGUCUGUAAUCUCGGCGGAGAGGAAUUCGCAAAAAUCCGUCCGAAUGGAUUCGAUCGUAUCUUGUUGGAUGCUCCAUGCUCUGGAACUGGAGUCAUUUGGAAGGAUCAGUCUGUGAAGACGUCGAAAGACUCACAAGACGUUCAGAGACGUCAUACUGUCCAGAGACAGUUGAUUCUGUCGGCACUCGACUCGUUGGACGCAAACUCGCCCAAUGGAGGAUACCUCGUCUACUCGACGUGCUCCGUCCUUGUCGAAGAGAACGAAGCGGUCGUGAAUUUCCUUCUGGAACGUCGUCACUGUGAACUCGUCCCAACCGGCCUCUCAAUCGGUGUCGACGGCUACACUCGAUUCCGUGAUUACCGUUCCAUCCGUCGCUUUCAAUGA